AUGGAUCUGAGUGUAGAUGGAAACAAAUGUCGUCUGCGACGAAAACGAGCAGACGGAGAAGAUGAUGAAGCUGUCGGCGUGAAGAAGGACAAAACUGAAGCCAGCCGGUUGGAGUCUUGUUUGGAUCAACCCACCGAUUCAAGCAGCAUCCAUGAAGUCAUCAAGUAUACACCCUCAGUGCUGCCAGCCAGACAUUAUGAUGUCGACACCACCGAACCAAUAAGCUGUGGUCUUCAGACUUUGGACGAGCUGCUGUCAUGGAACCGGAGUGAGGCGAACCCCUUUAAUGUGGCAGCAGUCCCUCUGGCACCUCGGGAACCUCCUCUGGCCAGUUCUCCACGGCGGACGUUGGUGUCUCAUGACAUGAUGGGCGGUUACCUGGACGACAGGUUCACCCAGGGGACAAGUGCAGAAGCUCCGUAUGCCUUCUACCACUGGCAGUACAUUGAUAUAUUCAACUACUUCACACACAAGCUGGUGACUAUUCCUCCUGCUGUGUGGACCAAUGCUGCUCAUAAACAUGGAGUCUCCGUUAUAGGGACGUUCAUCACAGAGUGGACUGAUGGCGCCGCGGCGUGCGAGGCCUUCCUGAAGGAGGAGGAGUCGUACCGGGCUGUAGCUGAUAAGCUAGUCCAGAUCAGCCACUAUUACGGCUUCGACGGCUGGCUCAUCAAUGUAGAGAACGUCCUCAGCGAGGUUGCAGUGAAGAACACACCUCUGUUCCUGCGCUACCUCACAGACCAGAUGCACGAGCGAGUCUCCGGCAGCCUGGUCCUGUGGUACGACAGUGUGACCGAGAACGGACAGCUGAACUGGCAGAACGAACUCAACCAGACCAACAGGGUGUUUUUCGAUGCCUGUGAUGGUUUCUUCACCAACUACAACUGGACGGAGCAGAACCUGGAGACGAUGAAGGACUACAGUGGGAUCCAAGGCCGCACGGCUGACGUCUACGUUGGGGUAGACGUGUUCGCCCGGGGCAAGGUGGUAGGAGGGAUGUUGGAAACAAAUAAGGUAUGCACUGUGGAUAAGGCACUGGAGGUCAUUCGGAGGCACGGCUUCUCUGCAGCCAUCUUUGCUCCGGGCUGGGUGUACGAGACCAACGACGAUAAGACCGAAUUCCGCAAGAACCAGGACACGUUCUGGGCUCUUCUGUCAGACUACCUGUACGUCCACCGGCCCGCCUCGCCUCUCCCCUUCAUCUCCUCCUUCUGCCAGGGCUUUGGGAAGGCUGUCUUCUGGAGAGGAAAGAAAGAGACAAUGAGGAGCUGGUUCAACCUGACUGCUCAGGAGAUCCAGCCCCUGUACUACCGCACACAGCUGGGGGGCCACGGCUGGCUGAGGAGCCGGGGCUGCCCGGAGGAAGCCUGGAACGGAUGCUGCUCGCUGCUGCUCGACGGCCUCAUCCCUGCUUCUCACACGUCCCCAGUUUGUGCCAAGAUCUUCUCACUCCAUGUGGCCCUGCCAUCCCAGACCCUGGUGAGCUUCAUCUACAAGCCGUCUGCUGGGAUCACAGUCUCCCUGGAGCUGAAGACUACAGAUGUUUGCACACAAACGGACAUCGACGAUGCCAGACUUACCAGUGUGAGUCCUGAGGUGUUAGAUGGGGGGCACCCGCUGGUGAGACAGUUCUCUCAGCUAUGUGGAGACUUGAAUCCAGAUGGUUGGACUGUAAGAUGUUUGCAGCUGGAGCACAGUGGCUGUUCUCUGAGAGAACUUUGUGUCAGUAUCCAGCAGAGUGGAGACCCUCAGGACACACCGUUCAGCUGCAGGGUGGGAGAGAUCAUGCUGCUGGAUGUAGCCAGUCUGCAGGUUCCCCCCGAGCCACUUCAGGGCUUGUGCAUCUUUGACGUGGUGUGGCUGCAUGGCGCCGGUACCUCUCCAGAGUCCACCUCUCCCUUCCUGCGUCUGAAUGCCACUCUGCGCUGGGACUACCAGACCAAGCUCGUACGCCACUUCAGGGUGUACUGGCGACGGCUGAGAGGACCUGAUCCCCGAAUCCCCCCGGGUCAGCUGGUUCUGGUGGGACGGGCGUAUUCUAAUCUGUUUAGGGUAACGGAGCUGGCCGUGCCGGAGCCCCCCGCGUUACUGGAGCUGGUGGUGGAGCCGGUGAUCAGGAGCGGCUUCCUGGUCCCAGAGAGCCACUGGGGAAGAAGAAGCCUCAGCUACACAGAGGAAGUCACACAAUGACUGUGAACAGAUGUUAUCAUAUCAUCAGACUGCUUCUUCUUCUCUCCUUAAAUGGUGCUGAAACCUCGACUGAUGUAAAACUCCACACAUCCAAGAUGGAGCACUUAAACGUUUCUUCCUCUCUUAGAGGCGUGUGUCCAUAUAGUGUUUUUCCUCUGCACUAGCUUCAUCUCAGCUGCGUGUGGGUUUUGUUUCUAUGACAACAGUAUCUUGACAAGACUUCACCAAAGCUGUUGUAUGAUAGACCAGCAUCACCCGCUUGCUUUUUACUACUGUUCUAUUACUUUUUAUUAUUGUUUUUUUUAUAGUCAGAUAAGUGACAACACUCUCUCCUCAUUGGGAACGGUUGUAAAAAGAAUCUGGCACUCAGUUUACGAGGCCCCUGUGAUGGCUGUUGAGAUUAUAGCUGACUAUCCCGCACUAUCCCACAUCUGUUUGGCUACUUUUAUAUCUGAAAGUCACUAAAGUUUGGAUUUUAGAGGCGAAGCCCGACUGUUGAUCCAACAACAUGAUAAACGUGACGCUAAUCUGCUUGAAUUAUUCUGUCUUACUUUGUUUUACCUACUUUAACCGAGCAGUUUUCUUUUUACCACUUCACUUCAUUCACUUACCACUUAGUUGAUUUUUUUUUCUUCUUUUUUCUUUCAGCCACAUCACAUGCUUUUCAUCAGGGCUAUAGAUGAAAUCAUUACAGCUACUGAGUUUGAAGAACCUUUAAUGUGGUAGUUGGCAUUUUGGGAAAUACCUGUUCAUUCAAUUUCUUGUCAAGAGUUAAAUGAGAAAAUUGAUGCGACGGCUAGCAACUGGUUAGCUUAGCUUAUCAUAGACUGGAAACAGGGAAACAGCUUGGCUCUGUCCUGAAGUGAUAAAAUCUGUGUACCACCACCUCUAAAGCUCAAAUUAACACUUCAUAUCUGGUUUGUAGAAGAAACAAAUCUUACUGGAGUCUCUGCUGGUUGCCUGGCAACCUCACAAAGACGACAAGACUCUUGUUUCUGUGCAGAUUAAAGAUACGUUUUAAUUAAUGAGCUUUACAGGUGCGGUUAGCUGGAUUUUGUUACCUUCUGAACAGAGUCAGGCUAACUGUUUCCCUUUGUUUCCAGUAUUUGUGCUAAGCUAGGCUAACUGGCUGCUGGCUAAAUCUCCAUAUUCCCCUUACAGACAUGAGUGGUAUUCAUCCUCUAAUCUAGCUCUGUCAUGCAUCACUACAUUUUAUGUGCUUCAGCAAACUAAUGUACCUCUCAGCUUAUAAUGUUAUGAAAGUUAUGCUUUUUAAAGAUGAAAUAUCUAGACAAAUUAAUACUAUAUUAAUACUUGACCAUUGUCUGAUUAAAUAUAUUAAUAGUAAUAAUAAACUUUAUUUAUAUAGCACCUUUCACAACCAAAGUUAUAAAGUACUUUACAAUAAAACCAAAUAUUAAAAGUAAAUAAAAACCAGAACUUAAGACCUAAACAUGAUAAAAAAAAAAUUAUUAAAACAAUUACAACAAAUACCAUCAGUUAAGGAAAAGCCAUACGAUAAAUGUGAGUUUUAAGAACACUGAGUUUGCCUGCUGAGAUCAUCUGGAAGUUCCAGAGCUGUGUGGCCCGGACAGCAAAGGCCUGGUCACCUUUGUUAACAACCUGUCAGCAGCAUUUUGUAUCAACUGCAGUCUCUGGAUGUUUGGCCCACUGAUACCAGAACACAACAUUAAUCGGGUCUGGAAGAGGUGAAACAAUGGGGGUUCUUUUUUUUAAGUCUGCAGAGUAAGGAAAUGACCUGAUCUGGGUUAAUUGUCUCUUUAUUGAAUACGGCAACCAGACCAAUACAGGACGCAUCCGUGGUAUCAGGCUUCAUCAGGACCUAUAAUUGGUUGUCAGGCAUGUAGCUAUGGAAAACAAUGUCAUGGCUUUGCAAGAUUUGCCCCAGUGGAAGCACGUAUUCUACAGAAGCAAGGCAGACACUGAUUAAUCUUUCUCUAUCUCUGCUCUGCCUCUCUCCUUUGUCUCUCAAGGUUCCCCUAACUCUUCAUACAACCAUUAAUGCAAGAGCAACUAAAAACCCUGACUGUCUCAUCUAGAGUGUGGCCAUUUUGUUUUCUGGUAUCAAAAAAUGCAGAGUGAAUUGAAGGUCUACCAUGUACAGUUCAUACUGAGCAUGAUAUUUGCACAGAGGAGAACAAAUGAAUUCAUGUUACAUCUCAGGUUUUUCAAUGGUGUCCUUCAUCUACAGACGCUUUUUCUUUUGCAGUAGCAGUGUGCUGUGUAAUUCCACGUCGAAUUCAUUUUCCUAUUGUUUAUAUUUAUGCAUGGUGCACUUGUGCUUAUUAAUUCAAAUUAAUUCAUACUAUGGGACUUGCAUAUAUAGUAGAAAAGUGCGAUACAAAAUUUGCUAUUCCAAAU